AAACGCCUAUUUUUGUCAAAAGCUGGACUUAUUUGAGUCGGACUUGUUUGACCUUAAAUGGAUACUUCAAGACUUUUUUGGCCUGCAAAUGAUUUCACCCAUCUUCCUUCAUUGGCCACCACCAAAUGCCAAAGACCCACGGAAUCAGAUGUGAAAGGUUGACCGCUUGAACGUCUUAUGCACACGCUUGCGCCUAAUAGUUUCCUGUCUGAACGCAAUUUGCCAGAAAGAAAAAUCCAAGGUCCCACACUCCCACUUACUAAGAAACAAGCUACAUAUGGCGUAUGAAGUCCAGUCGACGUGAAUUGUGAUUUGUGGGUUAACUGCGCAUAAACAAUUCUUUUGUUUGUUUUUCAAAGAAACCCAGUAACAAUUCAACAUCAUGGAAUAGGAAAAUUGCUCAGAAACCCACUUCGCGGAUAAUUAACUAAUAAAGAGUAUAUAAUAUUUCAAUUGCUUGGAAUAAUCUCUAUCUUUUGUUAUUUAUAUUCUCAUCUUGUCAUUGAAGAUGGCAAUAGCAUUUUAGGAAUCAGAUGGGUAGAAUAGAGUUCUUGGUGAAAUCUAGAUUUUUGUGUUUCUUCUUGUUCAAUUCGUCAUCAUUUGCAUAUUGUUCUGUAAUUUAUAACAUAACGACAAUCAAAGCUGUCUCACCAGAACAAACUCUCAACUCUCCACGUCAAAUUUUUGAGUUAGGUUUCUUUACUCCUAAUAAUAAUUCCCAUAAUCAAUAUGUGGGAAUAUGGUUCAAGGAAGUUUCUCCUCAGACUGUGAUUUGGGUGGCAAACAGAGAGAAGCCAGUUACAAACUCAUCGGCGAGUCUCACGAUUGGCAGCGAUGGGAAUCUGAGGCUUCUGGAUGGGGAGCGGAACUCUAUCUGGUCGACUAAUAUUUCUGGCCAAUCGAAUGAUUCAAUUGCUGUACUUUCGGAUGACGGAAAGUUCAUUUUGAGGAACAGUAUAACAGGAGAGGAUCUAUGGGAUAGCUAUCAGCUUCAUAGCAAUUCUCUCUUGCCAGGCACAUGGUUGGCCUACAAUGAGACAACUAGGGUGAGACAUACUCUCACUUCCUGGAAAAGCGACAACGAUCCAUCUAUUGGGGAUUUUACUUUUGGUGUAGUACCGCAGACACCGCCACAAGCGUUCGUUUGGAAGGGAUCGAAACCUUAUUGGAGAAGUGGGCAGUGGGACAAAAGAAAGUUCAUUGGGGUACCAGAAAUGGAAACUUAUUACCAAAGUGGACUCACAUUCAUAGAAAGUCUUCAGCCGGGAAUUGCUUACGUCAAUCUUAGUGUACUUGGGAACUGCAGUCACUCGAUGUAUGUGAUCUCACCAACAGGAGUUUUAAGGUUAUUGUGUUGGGUGAAAGUGAGGGGCUGGUAUGCUAGUUGGGAAGCACCCGCCACUCCCUGUGAAGUUUAUGGAGCUUGUGGACCUUUUGGGGUUUGCCAAAGAUACGAACCAAAUCUAACUUGUAGAUGCUUGAAAGGGUUUGUGCCAAAGUCAGAUGAGGAAUGGAGCAAACGAAACUGGACAAGAGGCUGUAUCAGGCGAACCGAAUUAAGUUGUGGAGGAAACACAAGUUCCAUUAACACACAAGGAGGAAAACCAGAUGGAUUCUUGAAGAUUGGUGGGUUAAAACUUCCAGAUUUGUCCGACUUCUUGAAGGUUUUUGAUGAAAACGAGUGCCACCAGCGUUGCUUGGAUAACUGUUCCUGCUCAGGUUAUGCGUAUGUAAAUGGGAUAGGGUGUUUGGUUUGGACAGGAAACCUACUGGAUAUGCACGAGUUAUCCUUCGGUGGACAAGAUCUUCAUCUCCGCCUUGCACAUACAGCAUUGGAUGGAAGUGACCAGAAGGCCAAAGUUAAGAUCAUUAUCAGCGUCACUACUGUUUCAAUUAUCCCCCUCAUUGGUGCCAUGAUUUAUUGUUUCAUGAAGUGGAGAACCAGCUUAAGGGUUAAAACAAAUGCUCCAAAUGACACUUCAAGAGAAAAUUCACAACCAAUCAUGUGGAGACGCCCUUCAGAAGAUGAAGAUUCAGUUGAGCUGCCUUUAUUUGAUUUCCAUAGCAUAUUACUGGCAACCAACAACUUUGACAUAGAGAACAAACUCAGGCAAGGAGGCUAUGGUCCAGUUUUUAAGGGAACGCUACAAGAUGGGAAGGAUGUGGCGAUUAAAAGACUUUCUAGUAGCUCCAGUCAAGGCAUAGGAGAGUUCAAGAAUGAAAUGAAGUUGAUCUCCAAACUGCAACACAGAAAUCUUGUCAAACUCUUAGGUUGUUGUAUUGAAAGGGAAGAGAAGAUAUUAAUUUAUGAGUACAUGCCCAACAAAAGCUUGGACACUUACCUAUUUGAUCUAGCAAGGAAGGCAAAGCUUGAUUGGACUAAACGCUUUAACAUUAUAAUUGGAGUUGCUCGAGGACUUCUUUAUCUCCAUCGUGAUUCUUGUUUAAGGGUCAUACACAGAGAUUUAAAGGUCAGUAAUAUUCUUUUAGACGAGAAGAUGAAUCCAAAAAUAUCAGAUUUUGGAUUGGCAAGAAUUUUUGAAGGCACACAAUAUUUAGGAAGCACUCGUAAAGUUGCAGGAACAAUAGGUUAUAUGGCUCCAGAAUAUCUGCUUGGUGGUAUAUUUUCAGAGAAAUCUGAUGUCUUUAGCUUUGGAGUUUUGAUUUUGGAAAUUGUUAGUGGUAGGAAGGCUAACAGCUUCAACUAUGAUGGACAACACAUGAGUCUUCUAGCUUAUGCAUGGCAAUCUUGGCUUGCAAGCAAGGGUGUACAAAUGAUAGAUGAGGCAUUGGCGGACUCAUUUUCCUCAUCGAAAGUAAGCAGAUGUGUGAAUAUUGGACUUCUUUGUGUACAGGAUGCUGCUGCUAAUAGGCCAAGCGUGGCAGCCAUAGUUUCUAUGCUAAGUGGUGAAAAAACAAAUCUUCCUGAACCAAAACAGCCUACAUUUACGUUUAAAAGCAUCUUUAGCAACAAUUUUCUAUCACAAAUCAACUCUACAUGGUCUAUAAAUGAUAUCACUGAAUCAAUCAUUGAACCUCGAUUAUACCAACUUUCACAUCACUUGAGUGUACAAGUAGAUGAGAAAUGCAUAAUCAAUGAUAUUGGAAAACAUUUUAGGAAUCAGAUGGGUAGAAUAGAGUUCUUGGUGAAAUCUAGAUUUUUGUGUUUAUUCUUGCUCAAUUUGUCAUCAUUUGCGUAUUGUUCUGUAAUUUAUAACAUAACUACAACCAGAGCAGUCUCACCAGAACAAACUCUCAACUCUCCACGUCAAAUUUUUGAGUUAGGUUUCUUUACUCCCAAUAAUAAUUCCCAUAAUCAAUAUGUGGGAAUAUGGUUCAAGGAAGUUUCUCCUCAGACUGUGAUUUGGGUGGCAAACAGAGAGAUGCCAGUUACAAACUCAUCGGCGAGUCUCACGAUUGGCAGCGAUGGGAAUCUGAGGCUUCUGGAUGGGGAGCGGAACUCUAUCUGGUCGACUAAUAUUUCUGGCCAAUCGAAUGAUUCAAUUGCUGUUCUUUCCGAUGACGGAAAGUUCAUUUUGAGGAACAAUAUAACAGGAGAAGAUAUAUGGGAUAGCUCUCAGCAUACUACCGAUUCUUUGUUCCCAGGCACAUCAUGGUUGGCCUACAAUGAGACAUCUGGGGUGAGACUUACUCUCACUUCCUGGAAAAGUGACAACGAUCCUUCUAUUGGGGAUUUUACUUUAAGUGUACUACCACAGACACCUCCACAAGCCCUCGUUUGGAAGGGAUCGAAACCUCAUUGGAGAAGUGGGCCGUGGGACAAAACAAAGUUCAUCGGGAUACCAGAAAUGGAAUCUGAUUAUCGAAGUGGAUUCACAUUCAUAGAAGGUCUUCCGCCGGGAAUUGCUUAUAUCACUGUUAGUGUCCUUAGGAACUGCACUUACUCGAUGUUUGUGAUUUCACCAACAGGAGUUUUAAAGUACUUAUGUUGGGUAAAAGUGAGGGGCUGGUAUGCUAGGUGGGAGGCACCUGUCACUCCCUGUGAAUUUUAUGCAGCUUGUGGACCUUUUGGGGUUUGCCAAAGGGAUGAACCAAAUCUAACUUGUAGAUGCUUGAAAGGGUUUGUGCCAAAGUCAGAUGAGGAAUGGAGCAAACGAAACUGGACAAGAGGCUGUAUCAGGCGAACCGAAUUAAGUUGUGGAGGAAACACAAGUUCCAUUAACACACAAGGAGGAAAACCAGAUGGAUUCUUGAAGAUUGGUGGGUUAAAACUUCCAGAUUUGUCCGACUUCUUGAAGGAUUUUGAUGAAAACGAGUGCCACCAGCGUUGCUUGGAUAACUGUUCCUGCUCAGGUUAUGCAUAUGUAAAUGGGAUAGGGUGUUUGGUUUGGACAGGAAACCUACUGGAUAUGCACGAGUUAUCCUUCGGUGGACAAGAUCUUAAUCUCCGCCUUGCACAUACAGAAUUGGGUGGAAGUGACCAGAAGGCCAAGGUUAAGAUCAUUAUCAGCGUCACUACUGUUUCAAUUAUCCCCCUCAUUGGUGCCAUGAUUUAUUGUUUCAUGAAGUGGAGAACCAGCUUAAGGGUUAAAACAAAUGCUCCAAAUGACACUUCAAGAGAAAAUUCACAACCAAUCAUGUGGAGACGCCCUUCAGAAGAUGAAGAUUCAGUUGAGCUGCCUUUAUUUGAUUUCCAUAGCAUAUUACUUGCAACCAACAACUUUGACAAAGAGAACAAACUCGGGCAAGGAGGCUAUGGUCCAGUUUUUAAGGGAACGCUACAAGAUGGAAAGGAUGUGGCGAUUAAAAGACUUUCUAGUAGCUCCAGUCAAGGCAUAGGAGAGUUCAAGAAUGAAAUGAAGUUGAUCUCCAAAUUGCAACAUAGAAAUCUUGUCAAACUUUUAGGUUGUUGUAUUGAAAGGGAAGAGAAGAUAUUAAUUUAUGAGUACAUGCCCAACAAAAGCUUGGACACUUAUCUAUUUGAUCUAGCAAGGAAGGCAAAGCUUGAUUGGACAAAACGCUUUAACAUUAUAAUUGGAGUUGCUCGAGGACUUCUUUAUCUCCAUCGUGAUUCUUGUUUAAGGGUCAUACACAGAGAUUUAAAGGUCAGUAAUAUUCUUUUAGAUGAGAAAAUGAAUCCAAAAAUAUCAGAUUUUGGAUUGGCAAGAAUUUUUGAAGGCACACAAUAUUUAGGAAGCACUCGUAAAGUUGCAGGAACAAUAGGUUAUAUGGCUCCAGAAUAUCUGCUUGGUGGUAUAUUUUCAGAGAAAUCUGAUGUCUUUAGCUUUGGAGUUUUGAUUUUGGAAAUUGUUAGUGGUAGGAAGGCUAACAGCUUCAACUAUGAUGGACAACACAUGAGUCUUCUAGCUUAUGCAUGGCAAUCUUGGCUUGCAAGCAAGGGUGUACAAAUGAUAGAUGAGGCAUUGGCGGACUCAUUUUCCUCAUCGAAAGUAAGCAGAUGUGUGAAUAUUGGACUUCUUUGUGUACAGGAUGAUGCUGCUAAUAGGCCAAGCGUGGCAACCAUAGUUUCUAUGCUAAGUGGUGAAAAAACAAAUCUUCCUGAACCAAAACAGCCUACAUUUACGUUUAAAAGCAUCUUUAGCAACAAUUUUCUAUCACAAAUCAACUCUACAAGGUCUAUAAAUAAUAUCACUGAAUCAAUCAUUGAACCUCGAUAAAAGCCAACUUGUAGUAGAAACAAUUGCAUAAUCUGUUGCUUAUGCAGUCCAUGUCUUAGACUUGAUAAUCUUUUGCUUAUCCCUGUGUUAAACUUUAGUUAUACCAACUUUCACAUCAUUGAGUGUACAAGAGAUGAGAAAUUCAUUAUCAAUGAUAUUGGAAAAGUAGGAGAUAUGUCAUUCAGUCAUUCUCAA